AUGGCUACCCACGAUAGUAAUACCCAUGGUCUUGCGGACGGGCAAAGGCCUACUCACACAUUCAUCCCUCACCAAGGUUACGUCAGAUCUGAGGAGGAGGACGGUGGCGUACCAGUUAGGCCUCCCGCUGCGCGAGAUGACGAUCAGAUUGAAGAUGAGCACCAAGAUGACUUGGAUGAUAUUUUCGACGAAGAGGAUGUCGAUGAAGAAGAUUUGUUGGCAUCAAAUCCAGGCAAUCUAACUAAGUAUUACAACAGACAAAGACGGUUACACGAGGCAGCCACUGAUCUAAAUGGCCCCAAGUCAAAAGCCCCGAAGAGCAAUCCUCAGAAGCCGACUGCAAAUACCUUCGCCUCUGUGGAUGAUCAUAUUGCAUCACUUUCCAAGCAUGCCUCAAAACUGAAGCUGGAUGUCAAGCAAUCUGGACUUGCAACCGGCCAUGGUCGUGGAGCUGAGAAGAGUGACCGUGCUACUUCGGAGCAAGUGCUGGAUCCGAGGACUCGUAUGAUACUACUACAGAUGAUAAACCGCAAUGUUGUGGCAGAAGUACAUGGAGUCAUUUCCACCGGCAAAGAAGCCAACGUGUACCAUGCAAUCUCUUCAUUAGAGGAUGGCACAGAAGCCCACCGAGCGAUAAAGGUGUAUAAGACCAGUAUCCUUGUCUUCAAGGAUCGGGACAAAUAUGUUACUGGGGAGUUUCGCUUCCGAUCAGGGUACAAUAAAAGCAACAAUCGUUCCAUGGUCAAAGUAUGGGCUGAGAAGGAAAUGCGAAAUCUCAAGCGGAUUCACUCGGCGGGGGUACCCUGCCCUGCGCCUCUAUAUCUCCGCUUGCACGUCUUGGCCAUGGCCUUUAUUGGCGACAGGAAAGGUGUGCCUGCUCCAAGACUCAAAGACGUAGAAUUUGCCGGAUCAGAUUCUGCCCAGCGAUGGCGAAGGGUAUACAUUGAGCUUCUGGCCUACAUGCAAACCAUGUACCAGGUCUGCAGAUUGGUGCAUGCCGAUUUGAGCGAGUACAAUGUCCUAUUCUAUGAUGACAUUUCCUGGAUCAUCGAUGUUAGCCAGAGUGUUGAACACGAUCAUCCAAGAAGUUUGGAGUUCUUGAGAAUGGAUAUCAAGAAUGUCAACGAUUUCUUCAGAAGAAAAGAAGUUCAUGUCCUAAGGGACCGACGUGUUUUCGACAUCAUCACUACAAGCUCAAUUUAUCAAGAUUUGGCACAGACCAAGGAAUCAAUUGACAAGAUCAUGGCAACUCAAGUCGAAAAGGAGGACGGUGAGGAUGAGGCUGACAAUGAAGUAUUUCGAAACCAGUUUAUUCCUCAGAGCCUGCAUGACGUCCAUGACCUUGGAGAAGACGUCGAGCAACGAGGAGAAGAUAGAAGGAAUGAUACGAUGUACAAGGGUCUUCUUGCUGAUGAAAUAUCACAGCGACCUGCUCAGGACGACUCGGAUGGCAACCUUUCAGGGCCUGACAACGAGAGCGUCACUGACUCUGAUGAACAGUCUGGUUCAGACUCUGAGACGAAGACACCAAGAGGUAAACGAUUCCAAGACAAAGAGGCUAAGAAGGAACACAAGAAACAGGUCAAGGAAGAGAAAAGAGAAAAACGAAAGGACAAAAUGCCGAAGCAUAUCAAGAAAAAAUUGGUGAGCUCAACUUCGAAGCUUAAACAUUAA